UCUUGAAAUGCAACUAUGCUAUGUCAUAUAACACUCAAGUCCUCUAGUUUGAAGAGAAGGCUCUCUGCCACCAUGAAGACCUGGCUAAUCUUCCUAUAUCUGGCUCCUACUGUGAUAAGUGUGCAAUUGGUGAUGUCAGAUGACAAUGAAAAUAAUGCAAAAGAGACACUGAAUCCAGAAGAAGGGCUUGUAGAAGCAGGUCCAAUGAAUGAGGAAACUGCUGACUUUCAAGCUGAAUCUAACACAGCAAGAAGGGAAGAAGAAAGUGAAAGCAUCACUAUUGCAAGUCAACAUACAAGCCUCCCUGAAAACAUCUUGCUGGAAUGUCUGAAUGCCACAGAGCCAUCCCCUGAUGGUGCAGCUACAACAAAACCUACCAUAACUACUGCAACAACAGACAGCUACAAGCCCCAACAAUGCCAGCCACUCAGUAAUCCAUGGGCCUCAUGUAAUGAAUCCACAGUGGAAGAUGAAAUAAAGUUGGCUGAAGCUCUAAAUCAAUUUGCAAUCAAUUUCUACUUGGCAGCAAUUCAAUAUGAGAAGAGUGACUCUAACCUGGUUUUCUCACCCUUCAGCAUCUCCAUGUUGCUUUCCAACCUGUUGCUAGGAGCCCGUGGACAAACCAAAGAAGAUCUUGAGAAUGUGCUCUCCUACCCUAAAGAAUUAUCUUGUAUUCAUGAUGCAAUGAGUACAUUCCACAAAUCAAAAGCCAUGAUAGCAGCCUCUGCAAUUUUUGCCCAACCAGCCUUCACCGGGAACGAUGAUUUCAACAAGCUGUCACAAAAAUUCUAUCGCAGUAUGAUAUGGAAUCUCACUAAUGACAGAGUCAACAAUGUAAAUGCAAUCAACAGCUGGGUGAGAAAAAGUACUCAGAAUAAAAUCAAAAAGCUCUUGGAUCAGGUGGAUUCAGAUGUCCAGAUGGUGCUUGUCAAUGCUGUCUACUUCCACUCCAAGUGGAAAACCAUAUUUAGGAGCAAAGACACAAUACAGGAAAAAUUCUACCGCCCAGGCCUCCCUCCCUCUAAGGUGUUCAUGAUGAGCAGUAAGAAAUAUCCAUUGGCUUCCUUCACUGACCACACCUUGCAGGCUAAGGUUGGCAGUCUGCAGCUGUCUCACAACAUGAGUCUGGUUAUUAUCAUGCCUCGAUCCCUGUCGCAGAAUCUUUCUGAUGUGGAGAAGCGUCUCAGUGGGGAUGUCUUCAAGUCAGUGAUGGUCAAGCUGGAUCACAUCUCUUUGAGACCCACUGUAGUGACUAUUCCUAAGUUCAAGGUGGACUCUUCCCUGGAUCUCAUGUCCAUCGUGGGAGAGAUGGCAUAUGGCAUUUUCUUUGAAGCUAACCUGUGUGGCAUUUCUGAGAACGAAGAGCUGGCUGUGUCCAGUGCCCAGCACCAAGCUGUGAUGGAAAUCAAUGAGGAAGGAGUGGAGGCAGCUGCUGCCACAGCUAUUUCCCUGGCACGUACAGCUAAUUUCUUUGAAGUACAACAGCCCUUCAUCUUUGUGGUAGUGAAUGAGAAGAGGAUCCCCAUCUUCAUGGGUCGCAUCAACAAUCCAAAGGCAUGAUAACUUCCUCCUUGCUCCUAUCACCUUCUGUCUCUAAGGGUGUCACAUUGUCCAUCAGUAGAAUUGUCUUAGGCUCAUAUUUCAGUAUUUACACAUGAUACUUUGCUUGGUGAGGUGGAUUCACAGGUCCCUUUUUGUUUUUAAGCAUUACUUUAAAAAUCUUUCAUUUCUAUCUUCUGUGGAGGUCGGGUUCUCCUUCUGUUUUAAUUUUUUCCCAAUGUAUUUGCUCCUCACUGGCCUAGGAAAAAUCUCAUUGUUUUCAUUUAUGUUAACAGAUUGAAAAGGAGGUCUCAUUGUAAGAAUCUUUCUUUUCCCAGAUGUACUGACUGCAACAAUCCUAUUAGCCUCUUGCAUUUUCACCUGCUUGAUAAGGAAUAAAGAAUGACCAUACUGAUU